AUGGUUGACGCCAUUGUUACAGCAAGUCAACCAAAAGUUGAAAAUUCACUAGAGUGCUUGAGGAGCCACAUUGAAAAAUUGCAGAAUAAUGAGUUAUUGCUGCUGAUUGAAGAUGACGUGGGUGCUGCAGGACUAGUUGCCAUGCUGAACCAAAAUCAAUCAGCAUAG